UAAGUCUACUGUGGCGGACAGCGGAGCUGCGCUUCAUGGAGGAGCUGGCUCUGCGCUGCCGGGCGACCGGAGCAGAAGCAGGCUGAGGGUCCUUUGGCCAAAACCAAUCUGGGCACGCUACCCUCCCACCGCUUCCAAUAACCGCUGACAUCCCUAACGGGCACUGAGCCUGGGCAGGGCGCGGGGGGAGGGGGGUCUGCUCGGAAAUCGUCCUGGCCAACUCUGUCCUCCAAGCUGUGGCAGAUUAUGGCAUCUUUUUUCCCUCUAGAGCGAGAAAGUGAGCCCGGAAAAGGAAAGAGGGGGCGGGUCACCCCCAAAGAAUAAAUAAACACUAGCUACUCGCCGCAGCUGGACGCGGGUCAGUUCAGUCCAGGUUUGGUCGGAACUGAACCCCUAGAGCGGGUCCGCCUCCCGCCCUCUCGCCCGCCUGGGGCUGAGUCGCUGGCUGCAGUGGGCGGCAGAGCGACGGGGAGUUUCCUCUCACCCUGGAUGGAGCUGAACUUUGAGUGGCCAGAGGAGUGCGGUCGCCCGGGAAUCGCUGCACGCUGAGCUCUCCCUGCGAGACCCAGCGGCGGCUUUGGAUUUUGGGGGGCGGGGACCAGCUGCGCGCCGGCACCAUGUUUCUGGCCACUCUGUACUUCGCGCUGCCACUCCUGGAUUUGCUCCUGUCCGCCGAGGUGAGUGGUGGGGACCGCUUGGACUGCGUGAAAGCCAGUGAUCAGUGCCUGAAGGAACAGAGCUGCAGCACCAAGUACCGCACACUAAGGCAGUGCGUGGCGGGGAAGGAAACCAACUUCAGCCUGGCAUCUGGUCUCGAGGCCAAGGAUGAGUGCCGCAACGCCAUGGAGGCCCUGAAGCAAAAGUCUCUCUACAACUGCCGCUGCAAGCGGGGCAUGAAGAAAGAGAAGAAUUGUCUGCGCAUCUACUGGAGCAUGUAUCAGAGCCUGCAGGGAAAUGAUCUACUGGAAGAUUCCCCGUAUGAGCCAGUUAACAGCAGGUUGUCAGAUAUAUUCCGGGCAGUCCCGUUCAUAUCAGUGGAGCACAUUUCCAAAGGGAACAACUGCCUGGAUGCAGCCAAGGCCUGCAACCUGGAUGAUACCUGCAAGAAGUACAGGUCUGCCUACAUCACGCCGUGCACCACCAGCAUGUCCAAUGAGGUCUGCAACCGCCGCAAGUGCCACAAGGCCCUCAGGCAGUUCUUUGACAAGGUCCCGGCCAAGCACAGCUACGGAAUGCUCUUCUGCUCCUGCAGGGACAUUGCCUGCACUGAGCGGCGCCGACAGACGAUCGUUCCUGUGUGCUCCUAUGAAGAAAGAGACAAGCCCAACUGCCUGAAUCUGCAGGACUCCUGCAAGACAAACUACAUCUGCAGAUCUCGCCUUGCAGAUUUUUUUACCAACUGCCAGCCAGAGUCAAGGUCUGUUAGCAACUGUCUCAAGGAGAACUAUGCAGACUGCCUCCUGGCCUACUCAGGACUGAUUGGCACGGUCAUGACCCCCAACUACAUAGACUCCAGCAGCCUCAGUGUGGCCCCGUGGUGUGACUGCAGUAACAGUGGCAACGAUCUGGAGGAGUGCUUGAAGUUUCUGAAUUUUUUUAAGGACAAUACGUGUCUCAAAAAUGCAAUUCAAGCCUUUGGCAAUGGCUCAGAUGUGACCAUGUGGCAGCCAGCCCUCCCAGUACAGACCACCACUGCCACCACUACCACUGCCUUCCGAGACAAGAACAAGCCUCUGGGACCAGCAGGGUCUGAGAACGAAAUCCCCACACACGUUUUGCCACCUUGUGCAAAUCUGCAGGCACAGAAGCUGAAAUCCAAUGUGUCGGGCAGUCCACAUCUCUGUCUUUCUGACCAUGAUUACGAAAAGGAUGGUCUCGCUGGUGCCUCCAGCCACAUAACCACAAAAUCGAUGGCUGCUCCUCCCAGUUGUGGUCUGAGCUCACUGCCGGUGCUGGUGGUUACCACUCUGGCCACCCUAUUAUCUGUAUCCUUGGCAGAAACAUCAUAGCUGCAUUCAGAAAAUACGGAAAGACAAGAGAGAGAAACAAACAACCAAGUAACCUGUUUCCUGUCUUCUUGUAUAUCUGAAAAUCCAGUUUUAAAAGCUCGGUUGAGAAACAGUUUCAUCCAACUGGAACUCCUUUGUUGUUUUUAAGGAAGCUUCUUGUGACCCUGGGGGGCUUCUGUGGAAGAACCGACACAGGGCUAAUUCCAAACUCAGAAGGCUCUGUGUCAUGGUGUGGGUUAAGGGGACCAUUUGUAAACUGACUGUAAAGCAAGCUGAGGCUAUGGUUUUGAUGGUGGUGGUGGUGAUGAUGAUGACCGAUGAUGAUGAUGAUUUUAACAGCUUAAACUGUUCUCUUUACUGGCUAGAGCAGGAGAUGCUAUUGGUAAAGAUUAUUCCAUAUUUUGUUGAAUGGCUUUGAAUUCUAAUGACAUGGCUGCAGCCUUAGUGUAGAUGGCAAAUGAAGGUCAGCCCCGUGAGUGGACUUUUUGGACUCCAUCUUGUACUAAUGUUCACCUUUCUAUGUCCGUUCUUCACAGAGUGUUUGUGUACUGCUGACAAUUCUGUGACCCUCAACAAAACCAAAAGCCCUGGUCACAUCUAAAUGCAGAGCCUGUCAUCCAGUCCAGUAGAGGAGAGUGGCUGUGGCCCUCACACAGCACCUGGCUUGUUGACUGACGCUCUGCUGAGCCUUUCCUGAGUGAGGAGCCCUUAAAUAUAGCUGAAGUGCAACUCUUAAUGCUUUUUACACUUGCGAGGUCACAUGUAGUGUUCCUUUACUAUUCAAUGAUUCCAGCUGUUGGCUUUCUACAUUUUGAAAGUAAUGAUACUGUCCUCAUUUUUUACUGAUGGUUUAAUACAGAUACAUGCGGUGUGUUUUCCUCUCAUAAUUAGUAGUAGCUCCAAUAUUGACUUUGUUGAUAUGGCUCUCAAAAGCAGACCCUAAGGAGCCCCCAUGCUUUAGCAGAAAGCUGCAUCCCAUUACUGUGGGCAGGCAGGAGAAAACUGAGCAGCCAGCUCAUGUCUUUCUCUGUCUUGAAAACAAGGCUGCAUACACGUGAGGAACAGGUCAGUUCUUGUAAGGGAUGCCACAUUUGGAUGGCAUUACUGGCAUUGACGCAGCUCCACUACCUUGGUGUUCAUGGUAUCUGACAAAGACAGCUUUGAUUGGGCCUGGGCACAAGGGCUGGGAUGGAGGUGUGCUGCCCUCUCUUUCAAAGUCACCCCUGCCAGUGUACCCGUGAGUGUCUUUGCUCCUGACUGCAGAGUCAUGGCCCCAUUCAGAGCAGUUUGGUCUCAGGGUCAUCAAGCAUCUCUGUAUGUGACUCUAUGGCCUUCAUCACGGACUGUGUCCCUGCAAAGAGGAAUGGCGGUGUAUGGAUCUUGAGGGCUAACAUGGAGUCUGGAAAGGUGAGUUGGUUGGCAAAGAUACACAGAACAGGAUGGGAUUCUCCUGAUGAGACAUCUGGCUUACUUAGCCACACACCUUCUCCUGGAGUCCUCUUCCUCACCUGAGCAGACCCUUAGGUGUGUAUCUAAAGUCUGCUUUAGACAGUCAAGUUCAGAACCUGCAGACAAUUGCAUAUGGGCAACUAUGUUUGCCCAAAAGUGAAUAAAGGAAGGAAAGUUCCCUCCAUGGAACCCUGAAAGUAUCAUCUUGCUUCCCACCCUCAGAAAGGUGGAGGAGGGAGCCCUGAUGCACAUAAUCUACUGGUACCUGCCCCCUGCUCUCUGAGGUUUGCUUUGGAUGAACAGCAGUUCACCUGAGAAAGGGAAGAAAUCUAUGAAAGCCAAGAGAUAGACCUGGUUUUCAGCUCUUUUGGUGUUUGAAGUACAUUUAUAUCCAAAUGCUAAUGAAUACCAAUGUAAAAUACUCAGUAGCAACAUUUUUUCAUGUCAAAAUGUUUCAAGGGGGAAUGCAUCCAACAUCUAAGUGUACCUGAUCAGUGGGAAGUUCCAUGAAGACUCAUACGUACAGUGAAUAAAUACCUUGAAUGUGUCAAAACAUUUAGAAUGCCAGUCAUGUAUGGGAGCAUAUCUCUUACGGAGCAUAUUGUGUUUUAAUUAAGGUAUCUCCAUGUAUCUACACUGGAAUAAUUGCACAUGGGUCUGAUUGGAUGUGAUCCACCUUAGGAAACUAUUGAUUACCCCUGCUGUACACCGCAGUUCUAAUUAGCUUCAGAGAACCAUAGAGGAAACCAGAGCCCUGUACUAACCAGGCAGCCUUCAGCCAAGAACUCAGUAGAUAUGCAACAUGGAAAUUAAACUUUGAAAAGCUCUGUCACCAA